AAAUAUAAAUAUAUUUAAUUAUUUAUUAGUUCCGCAUAUAAUUAAAACAAAAGGAUCUAUUGUCAACAUAUCGAGCGUAUCGGCUAUUAAACCGUUCGCAAACGCAUUGGCACACUGUAUGGCUAAGUGUGCUAUCGAUAUGUUUACCCGAAGUCUAGCCUACGAAUUGGGCCCUAAAGGAGUGCGAGUAAAUGGCAUUAAUCCGGCACAGAUCAAAACGCCGGUUUACGAGAUGUUUAUGGCCAAAAAGGACAUCGACCAGAUGUGGUCAGACGUGUCGCGACGCUAUCCGUUGGGCAGAGCGGGAGAGCCCAAAGACGUGGCCAAAGCGGUGGCAUUCCUGGCGUCGAGUGACUCGUCGUUCGCCACCGGAGUGUCGCUCAAACUGGACGGAGUAUCG